CUGCCCGCCAUCUUGGCUCCCUUCAGCUGGCGCCGACGCCAAACAAACCCGCCGCCUCAGAAGCCGAAGGUGCCCGCCGAGCCCGGGCGGCGCGGGAUCCAUGGUCUCCCCGGGGGAGGAUCGGCAGGGAGGCUGAGCUCCGUGGGAGCAAACCGACUGGGGAACGAUGCCUGUGGUGUGGCCGACCCUGCUGGACCUUAGCAGGGAUGAAUGCAAAAGGAUCCUUCGCAAACUCGAAUUGGAGGCAUAUGCCGGUGUCAUCAGUGCCUUGCGUGCUCAGGGGGAUCUCACGAAGGAAAAGAAAGACAUCCUUGGAGAACUCUCCAAAGUGCUUAGCAUUUCAACAGAAAGGCAUCGAGCUGAAGUACGAAGGGCGGUCAAUGAUGAGCGAUUGACGACGAUUGCUCACAACAUGUCUGGGCCCAACAGCUCUUCUGAGUGGUCUAUUGAAGGCCGCCGGCUCGUCCCACUGAUGCCCCGCCUGGUUCCCCAAACCGCUUUCACUGUCACGGCAAACGCUGUUGCCAACGCUGCGCUCCAGCACAAUGCAGCUCUCCCUUCCCCAGCAGAGACAGGAAGCAAAGAAGGUGAGGUGGUGGUUUGCUAUUCCUACACAAGCACCACCUCAACCCCGACGUCCACCCCGGUCCCGAGCGGCAGCGUCGCAACCGUGAAAUCCCCCAGACCCGCCAGCCCAGCUUCCAACGUCGUCGUCUUGCCAAGUGGGAGCGCCGUUUACGUCAAGAGCGUAAGCUGCUCAGAUGAUGACGAGAAACCCCGCAAACGGCGCCGCACCAACUCCUCCAGCUCCUCCCCAGUCCUCCUGAAGGAGGUCCCGAAGGCCACCACGCCGGUCACCAAGACCAUCACGGUGCCUGUCAGCGGCAGCCCCAAGAUGAGCAGCAUCAUGCAGAGCAUUGCCAACUCCUUGCCGCCCCACAUGUCCCCUGUGAAGAUCACCUUCACGAAGCCGUCAACACAGACGACCAACACGACAACCCAGAAGGUGAUCAUAGUGACCACGUCUCCCAGCUCCACCUUUGUCCCCAACAUCCUCUCCAAGUCUCACAACUAUGCGGCCGUCACCAAGCUCGUCCCGACGUCGGUCAUUGCCUCAACCACCCAGAAGCAGCCGGUGGUCAUCACCGCUUCCCAGUCCUCUUUGGUUAGCAGCUCCACCAGCACCUCUACCAGCGCCUCCGCCGGGGGCUGCUCCACUCUUUCCUCCGCUCCCAGCACGGUCGCUGUGACCACCGUGGUCUCCUCGACACCCUCCGUAGUUAUGUCCACAGUUGCACAGGGAGUCUGCACGUCGGCCAUUAAAGUCGCAUCGGCCCGGUUGCCUUCGCCCAAGACCCUGGUAGGGGCGCCAACCCAGAUCCUGACACCGUUUCCCAAACAGCAACAGCAGCAGCAGCAGCAGCCGUCUCCCAAACAGCAGCUUCAGCAAGCCCAGCCGCAGCAGCAGCAGCUAACCCAGGCUUCCCCCGUGGCCGCACAGCAGCAGCAACAACAACAACAACAACCCUCCCAGCAGCAGCCAGGCCUGCACCCCCAGCAGUCUCCCCUUCCUCCAGGCAUCAAGCCCACCAUCCAGAUCAAGCAGGAAUCAGGGGUCAAAAUAAUCACCCAGCAAGUGCAGCCCAGCAAAAUCCUCCCCAAGCCAGUCACAGCAACUUUACCCAGCAGUAGCAAUUCCCCUAUUAUGGUGGUGAGCAGCAAUGGGACCAUCAUGACAACCAAACUGGUCACAGCCCCUGCUGGGACUCAGGCGACUUACACUCGUCCGACGGUCAGCCCGUCCAUUGGGACACGCAUGACUGGCACGCCGGGUGGCGCCACUUACGUCAAAACCACCAGCGGCAGCAUCAUCACGGUCGUCCCCAAAUCGCUUGCCACGCUGGGAGGCAAGAUCAUCAGCAGCAAUAUCGUCUCUGGUAACUCCUUGAUGAAGACCUAUUUCCAACAAAAAGGAACUACGACCAAAAUCACAACCAUCCCCGUGACGUCCAAGCCCAACGUGAUAGUUGUGCAGAAGACGACGGGGAAAGGAACCACCAUCCAAGGGCUUCCGGGCAAAAACGUGGUCACGACGUUGCUAAAUGCGGGGGGAGAGAAAACGAUCCAAGCGGUGCCAGCUGGAGCGAAGCCAGCCAUCAUCACUGCCACCAGGCCCAUUACCAAAAUGAUUGUCACGCAGCCAAAAGGGAUUGGGUCUGCCGUCCAGCCAGCUACCAAAAUCAUCCCGACCAAAAUUGUUUAUGGGCAGCAGGGUAAAACGCAGGUCCUUAUCAAGCCAAAGCCAGUGACCUUCCAGGCAACGGUUGUGAGUGAGCAGACAAGGCAACUGGUUACUGAAACACUUCAGCAGGCUUCCCGGGUGGUGGAGGCGGGGAACGCUUUGCUGCCAGAGGUGAAAGAGGAGCCCCAGGCAUACACAGACAGCAGCUCCUCUUCAACAGAAUCCUCGCAGGGUUCCCAAGAUUCCCAGCCCGUGGUUCACGUCAUUGCCUCCCGAAGCCAGGAUUGGUCAGAGCACGAGAUUGCUGUGGACUCCAGCCCUACCAUAAUCUACCAGGAUGUCUCCAGUGAAUCUCAGUCGGCCACUUCGACAAUCAAAGCGUUGUUGGAGCUCCAGCAAACAACAGUGAAGGAGAAAUUGGAAUCCAAGCCAAGGCAGCCAACGAUUGAUCUGAGCCAAAUGGCAGUUCCCAUCCAGAUGACCCAGGAGAAGCGGCAUUCUCCAGAGAGCCCCUCUAUCGCCGUGGUGGAGUCAGAACUGGUUGCAGAAUACAUCACCACUGACUCAGGAAGACAGCACUGUAUUCCUUCACAUUCGGAAGAAUACCUCCAAAGCCACAUAGGAAUGAACAAAUGGCCAAGAACAAUUGGCCAUAAGAACAUAAGAAGAGCCUGCUGGAUCAGGCCAAUGACCCAAGUAGUGCCGCACCCUGCUCUCACAGUGGCCAACCAGAUGCUCGUUAUGGGAAACGCACAAGCAGGAUUCAAACUUAGCCACCGGUCCCAGCCUCACCAGCAGUCCUCCCAGCCCCAGCGAACUCUGCUGCAGCACGUGGCCCAGUCCCAGACAGCAACGCAAACGUCGGUAGUGGUGAAAUCCAUCCCAGCCUCCUCCACGGGCGCCAUCACCCACAUCAUGCAGCAGGCCCUGAGCAGCCACACGGCCUUCACCAAGCACAGCGAGCAACUGGGGACAGAGGAAGGGGAGGUAGAGGAGAUGGACACCUUGGACCCCCAGACGGGCCUCUUCUACCGCUCGGCGCUGGUGCAGGCGCAGAAGCAGCAGAAGCUGAGCCAGCCGCCCCAGCUGGAGCAGACGCAGCUGCAGGUCAAGACCCUCCAGUGCUUCCAGGCCAAGCAGAAGCAGACCAUCCACCUCCAGGCAGAGCAGCUGCCCCACAAGCUGCCCCAGAUGCCCCAGCUCUCCAUCCGGCACCAGAAGCUCGCCCCGCUGCCGCAGGAGCUGGCUCAGCCCAAGCUGGACGCCCCGCAGGCGGCGGCGCCACCUGCUCCUCCUCCUCCUCCCCACCACCCCAUAGCCCGCGAGAGGCAGCUGCCCACCUUGGUGGCCCAGCCCCAGCAGACAGUGGUCCAGGUCCUGGCCGUCAAGACCACCCAGCAGCUGCCUAAGCUGCAGCAGGCGCCCACCGCCCAAAAGAUCUACGUCCAGCCCCAGCCGCCCCAGGGACAGAUGCAGCUCCCCGCCCCUCCCGAGAACCAGCCGGCGAGCCAGGUGCACCAGCCCAUCAUAACCCAAGGAUCCUCUGUUACAAAGAUAACCUUUGAAGGCCACCAGCCGCCCACCGUCUCCAAGGUGACCAGCAUCAGCGCGGUGCCCAAGCUGGCGCCGCCCCUUCCGAACCUCUUUCCCGCCCAGGUGUCCGCAAAGACGGCGGUGGCGGACAUUUUGAAAAUGUCCAUGAUGGAAGCCCAGAUCGACACGAGCGUGGACCGCGUGGCGGCGGACCCGCCAAGCAGCAAGGCCUCCCCUGCUGCUGGCGGGCCACCCGGCGAAGCGGAAUCCGUGCCCGCCUCGGUGCUGAGAGUGGCCACGGUCGGGAUGGCAGCGUCGGUCCUCCAGCAGCCCAAGCGCCUGGACUCUGCCUCGAGCCCCCCUGCCGUCAAGCUGCCCUUGCCAGAGAGGAAGCAGGGCACCCCGGCUGCCGGCAACCACUUCAUUCGCAUCCAGAACAUCGCCCCAAAGAAAGUAGAGGAGAUUCCUACGGAGAUCUUGAUCCAGACGAUCCCUCAGUAUUCCGUGGCCUGCCAUUCCACCUCCAACGUGGUUGUGGAGCCCAGCGGCCUCCUCGAGCUCAACAACUUCACCAGCCAGCGCCUCGACGAGGAGGAGACCGCGAUGGAGCAGGACCUCGACAGCGGCAACGAGGACGGGACUGAGCCCAGCCCCAUGCAGAGCUCCGAACUCUCGUAGCGUGCCUGGGAUGCCAGCGUGCACUUUUAAAAGGUUGGAGGUCCCGGGAAGGCAAAGCAAAGACUCAGCUGCUGGUGUCGAAGACUCCCUUUGUAGUAUUCUCCAGAAGCACUUUCCCCCCUCGGAGGCAUUGGGGUGUGUGUCUUGCCAAGGAUCGGCACGCUGGCGGGGGACAGCAGUGGUCGCGAAACGAUUUCGGAGGGAGAUGGUUUUGCCGCUCCGGUUUAGCCGUAUACGACAGUGGGAAUGUAUUUUUUUUUUUUCCAAGCAAAGAAGACAAACACGCUGCGGUUUUUAUUUCUUAAAGGUGUCACCGAAGUUUUUGUUGCUGCGACGUUCUGGACCGGCUGCUAAAAACGUCUUUUGCAGCAGCAGUCUCUGUUUGUAGUUGAAUGAAACUCCCAUCACAAGAUGUUUGUAAUUUUAUUUUUAUUUUAUUUUUUAAAAAAACGUAGCAUACCUAGGUCCUUUGGUGCUGGGAAAGCAACUAAGAAAUUUUGUCUGGUGUGUGUUGUGGCUUCCCUGCACUGAUGUGCCAUUUAAAAAAAAAAUAUUUUCAAAUAAGCUUAAGAAGAUUGGCCGCUUCUAAACACAAAGCAGUAUUGUCCAGGGACACUCAGGAUCACAGGGAAAACACGCUGCGAGGAGAUCCUCUUAAUGGAUCGGACACCAAGAAAUCAUAUUUCUUCCACGCAUAGAUGAAAUCGUCCCACAUUUACAGUUAUUUUUAUUUAUUCAAAAUAGGAAAACCUGAAUAGAGAAUUCCAGCUUGACACUCCUUGGUCCUGUUAAACAGAACCAGCAACCUCAAUACAUUUUUAUUUUAUUUUUUUGGUAAAGCGAAACGGUUUGAUCUUUAAGCUGCAGGGUGGGAGAAAUACAUCUCAAAAACAGAACAAAGGGCAUUGAUAAUCCAAGAGAGGAACUGUGUUGUGGGUUGUGACAUUCAGACAUUUCUUUUAUUCUUACGUGCUUUUUUUCUUUUUAAAAAAGAGGAAAUUUAAUUAUGACUGUUAAGAGACUUUACAAAGAAAAAAAAACCACCUUAAAAUUACUGACCUUCUGUUUCUUGAGAUGAUCCUUUUCCAAGCCUUACCAUUUUUGUUUGCACAACGAAUAAUACAUUUUUUUAAAAAGGUGUGUGUUGCGUGGACUGAAUCAACCGUAGUAAAAAGUAAGAAACAGUCUGUACAACUUAGUAAUGAAGACGUUGCUUUUUUAAAAAAAAGAAAGAAAAAGAAAAGAAAGAACUGUAUAUAGGAACUGGUUUUUUAACGUGAUAUUUUUUUUUGUAUAGAUUUCAUUAUAAAUAAGCAUUUUUGAUGUAUCCUGUAUAUACAUAUCAGUUGAACUGCCCUGUUUGUUUUUUUUGGUGCUGAAAUACUACUUCAAGUAGAUAUCCUCUGAAGGCUCUAAUACAACUUGUGUCAAAUAUUUUCUAAAUGGUGAUUUUAGUGUUUUGUAAUUAAAUGGCCGCUUGAGAGAACACUCCGGGAAGUGAA